GAGUGCUGUUAAAGUGCAUUAACUCCUGCAUCACACCGCAGAUCUCAGCUCAGCUCAGUCCAGUGAUAAACUCCGGCACCGCUCUCAGAUGUAAAAGGUUUCGUUUGAAAGUGUGGAAUCUAUAUUUUAUGCACAUAUCUGCAUCACUUUAGUGUUUAUUCUACUGUACAAAAGUUAUUUACACUUAAACACACAGUAUUCUGGAGACCAGGGCUGGGUGUUGGACAUUGGUUCAUUUUUAUGUUUUUGAUAUGACACAUGAUGUACACGUUACAGCUCACUGACAGCUCUUGCCGGAGCUCACACAGUUCCAGCAUUCCGCUGCCCAUCAUUUACUGCCCUCGCUCUGCUUGCCAUGACUGGAGUCACCACAGGAGGGCGAGCUAGACUGACAGGAUGAAAGUGAGACAGCAGAGUAAGAGCAGUGCAGCGUGUUCACGAGCGGACAGGUGCAGCUCAGAAGAUGCCUUGAGCUUUCAGGAUCCCUCCAGCAAGCAGAGCGAGGGGAAACUGCAGCGGCAUCUCCAUCCAGCAGGGGGCGCGGAGACCCCCACACACAGACACACUGAUGAUGAUGAUGAUGAUGAUGAUGAUGAAGAAUCUGCUGUCAAACCAACACAGAAUCUUCAGCUCAGCCUUGAUAUUAGUCUAUACACUGAAUUCUCCAGUAUGAGUGUGAAUGCUCUUUGCUUUAGGCUGUGAUUGACUGAAACUCUUCUAACACGGAGACCCCCUGAAGCAGACCUGUCCAAACUCAGUCCUGGAGGGACCCCCACAGUCCAAACACAGGCACUAUAGGGGAGAUGGGCAGGCUAAAUUAUCCAUAGCGUAUGGGUGUUUCCCGGAGAUGGGUUGCGGAUGGAAGGGCAUACACUGAGUAAAACAUAUGCUGGAAUAGUUGGUGGUUCAUUGCACUGUGGCGACCCCUGAUUAAUAAAGGGACUGAGCUGAAAAGAAGAUGACAGGCUGAAUAAGGGUCACUCAGACUAACCCAAACCACAGCUCAGAAAUGAACUGGUUUUCCCUGAUUCUGGCGCUGCGGCCCAGCACUGGUCCAGAAGCGUGGAGCCGGACACGUCUGCUGUUCAUCAGUUUCUCUAUUGAGCUGGAGGCGGAGGGAGCGGUGUGUGUGUGUGUGUGUGUGUGUGUGUGUGUGUCUAACUGCAGCACAGGUCACUCUGAGCAUUACACAACCUGAAAUUGCAGCCAUUAUUCAGUCAAACUCAUCUUCCAUGAGUGUUUUCCUGGGCUUUCCACGGCCUCCGUGCGAUCCAUUUGGAUGAAGUGAGCUGUGGCGGCUGAACUCUUGCGGUAUCGGCAUGGAAAGAUCGCGGCGGGCCUGAAAUCGGCUCUGUUUUUCCGCUUUGGCUGCUUCAUGAAGCCUCAGUGAUGUUCCUCUAAUAGCCAACAGCUGUUAGUCAUUGAGCUGAACAGAACUCCUGCCGGCCAGCGCGGCUCUGCUUCUGCACGUCGGCCCGUCUGGGCUGUUCCGCACCAGAAGCAGAUCAAGCUUCUCCAUCUUCAGGCUCAGAUUGAGCAGGUAAACGGUUCAGGCGGCCGCGCUCUGCCUUCCUCAGCACAUUUCUGUUUUCACAGGCUGAUUUUUCCAGAGCUGAAAUCAGACACUCUGAGCGCUUGAUGGUGAAAGUGGAGGAAUAAGCAGCCCAGACGGCUCCUCCCGCACCUCCCUCUGCUGAGACUCCUCUAAAAAACAGCCCUCGUCACAUGAACAGCCCUGAAGUUUUCUUUCCCUGGCUCUCCUCACUGUUUUCCCGGCGUCUGCUGCCUCUCUCUCCCUCCACAUCUGGAUUCCAGGCCCACAUUUAUUUAUGUGACUGAGUUGUUUUUAGGGAGUUUAAAGUCCUCCGCUGGCAGCAGGGCCGGGCCCAUGAAGUCUACAAUUACAUUUCAGCAUCGCCGGUCACUCCGCAAUUACAUCUGUGACCACAGAAUGUCUUGAAAAGCACAAGCCUGCGCUCAUAUGGCAGACAGAAAUAGACGGCUUCUGCGUCUGCUUGGACGCUCGCCCAGGAGAAACUAUGCUGGUUGACUGAUGAGGAGACGUGGAGGCAGACUGCAGAUCACAGCGGAGCAGCUCUGAGGAGGAACUGAGCCCUGUUCUGGAGAAUGUCGUCGCCGCAGAGCUCCCGGCAGAGCAGCUGCUCCUCCUUUUCUGGAAAGAUCCGGAUACACACUAUACAGGUGGACUCAGUGCAGCGCUGGAUGGAGGACCUGCGGCAGAUGACGGAGGUGGAGUGUAUGUGUGUGCUGCAGUCCAAACCGCUGGGUGUGGAUGAAGACGCAGAGCUGAUCGUGUCGGCCGGCGCCACACACACACUCUCACACACACACACCACGCGGGACAACCUGCAGGCGCUGCUGAAGCGGGCGCUGGCCGUCAGCACGGAGCUGGGCAAGAUGUUCCAGCGGCUGGAGAAGAGGAGAUGGCAGCGUGUGCACAACACUGCGGGAAGAGUCAACACACACCUGCGCUCGCUCAUCCAGGAGUACAGCAGCGCGCCACACACACCUGCAGACAUGCAGAAGUUUGAGAAGUCUCUGCUGGAGAAGUGUAUGGAGCUCAGCAUCAUCACAGAGAGGUGUCUCCACACUGAAGAUGAAUAUUUCCUCAAGUCCAUGAAGGAGGCCAUCCACGAGAUCCUGACCGACGUCAGCGACUCCUUCAGCCAGAUGAUC